CAAAAAUUCAAAACAAGCAAAAAUAUCGAGAGUGACUCAUCUUUGCAAAAAAAUAUUGUUCAAAUUCAGUAAUUAAUUCAACAAGAAAGUCGCGGUGAACAGACUUGAAUACUUCCCUUUUCCUUUCUGUGUUUGUGCAAAUCUAUCAAAACGGGGAACGAAAUGUCUGCGUCUGUAAUGGAAAAACACCUUUUUAAUUUAAAAUUUGCAGUUAAGGAUUUGGAGCGCAACGCGAAAAAAUGCGAGAAGGAAGAGAAGGCAGAAAUUCUCAAAACCAAGAAAGCUAUCCAGAAAGGAAACACGGAAGUGGCCAGAAUACACGCAGAAAAUGCCAUCCGACAGAAAUCGCAAUCGCUCAACUAUCUCCGGAUGAGUGCUCGGGUCGAUGCGGUGGCCAGUCGGGUUCAGACGGCGUUGACCACCCGGCAGGUUACGAACUCAAUGGCCGGGGUCGUCAAAGCGAUGGACGCUGCCAUGAAGGGAAUGAAUCUGGAGAAAAUUUCCGGGCUGAUGGACAAGUUUGAGCAGCAGUUCGAGGACCUGGAUGUCCAGAGCUCGUACAUGGAAAACACGAUGUCCCAGACGGUCACAACAGCAGUGCCACAGAACGACGUGGAAUCGCUGAUGCAGCGGGUGGCCGACGAGGCUGGAUUGGAGUUGAACAUGGAACUGCCCAGUGGACCGACUGCUUCGGUCGUUGGUGCAUCUACACAGGUGUCCACGGAACAGGACGAGCUCACCGCACGUUUAGCACGACUCAGACAGGCGGAAUAAACUAUUGUUACUUCAACAUAAACCGAUGGAAAUAUUGCGUAUUACGUAUGUGAUCCAUUUAUCUACCUUUGAAACGUGCAACUCUUUUCACCGAUUGUGCAUAUUUCAGCAUCCUUAAAAAAAGUGUUUAUCCCAGCCACGGCAUCAAGCCGAACAACUCACCAAUUUAAAAAUGGGUUUAUUCUAAGAGACGCUACAUUUAAAUUCUGUUGUGCAUAGAUUAUACUGCUUCAAAUAAACAUGGAAAACAACGUU